AUGUGGCCGCAGGUUGUGCUGGCCAUCAAUGAGAAGGAGUCCGGGCUGGCAGUCAGUUCCGAGGUGUUGGUUUCAGUGCUGAAGAAAAGGCUGCGCUCUGACAACCCACACAAGCAGUACCUGGCUGUGCAACUGACCAAGCACAUAUUGGCAAAAUGUGCCACGAGGGUGAAGUCUCAGAACAUCCUGCAGGACAUUCUGGCAGAGGUGGCAGCCGUGGCCGCUUAUCCAUCGAAGCCUGACACAGCCGAGGCGAAAGGUGCAAGGAUAGCUGCCUACGACGUGCUGAGGGGCCAUGGCAAGGCUGGUGAGGCAGCCUUCAAAGCGGUCACAGGAAUGGAUUACAGCCAGCAUUGGAACAUGGGGAUGCAGGCUUCAGCUGGGCCCACAUCUACACAGUCAGGAGGAGAGGGACAGAGCUCGACAUCUCCAAGGGACACCCAGUCCGAAUCUCCAGCCCAAGAUGGGAACACGUCACCUGCACGUGAGGAGCUGAUGUCGCCGGGACGGAGGCGCAGCAGCAUACAGAAGCUCAAGCAUGCCACAGAGAUGUCCAAAUCACACACAGAGGUGUUCCAGGACAUGCUGAGGAAUGCAGAGCCAGGGCAACUGGAGGAGGGCUUGCUUGAGGAACUGCUUGCCAAACUUGAGUACCUGAAGAAGGAGAUGCCCGCCCUCAUUCAGAAGGUCAGCAGCAGAGACAAACCAGAGUCCGAGGCCCUGCUGGGCCCAGCUCUGGAGGCUCUGGAUAGGGUCAACAUUGCAAUCUCACUCUACAAGGAAUUGAAGGGUUGCCAUGGGAAAGAAGGGCAGGAGGCGGAAGAGGAUUCUUCGGUGGGACAGGUCCCACAGGGCGCUUCGGUGGUUGGCAUGGACCACAGCAUCCCCAGGGAUGUUGGCGCACCUGUUGCUCACCAAGGUGCCCACCAAGGUGCCCACCAGUCCACCAGUGGUGUACCUGCCAGUUUGGUGCCUGCCAACGUGACUGCGACCAUUGUCGCUCCCACGAAUACCACACCCGCCAACGCAUCGCUUGCCACAGCCAUGACAAGCACAGAUCCCUUUGGCCUGGGUCAACUGGAGGAUGGUCUUUCUGACGCUCUCGCCAGCUUGGCAGUUCGACCUUCACAGGACGUCAGCAUUCCAACACAACCCAUCCUUGCUUGCUCCCCAGAUGCCAAUUUCAAUCCUUUUGCAGACCUUCCCUCAUUUGGCGCCCCUCCGAGCCCCGACCCCUACGCACAAACGGCCACUGCCACAGUGCAGCAACGACAAUUAGGCCGCCAGGUGUCUGCACCAGUGGCUCGAACGCCUGACCCCUGCCACAGUUUCGCAGCCAUGCCACAGGCUGGCCCGCAGCUGGGCAUGUUGCAGAUGACUGGAGCCGGCCAACAGAUCGGCACUAUGCAGAUGGCCGGUAUCAACCAAUCCAAUGCACGAUCGAUGCCGCGGUCGAUCACCCAGGGGCGAGCUCUCAGCCAGCCCCUCAGCGAUCUCGACCCCUUUGCAGAGCUCGCUGCGACGCCACCAAGGGCAGCAGCCCAUGGAAGUCCCAUGAUGGGGGCUGGUCAAACACUGUCGCUCAGCACAGGGGUUGGGAUUUCAAGGGUGGGUGUGGCGCCCUUCCCGGGUGGGCAACCCCUGGCGAUGGGCCUUGCCCAGGGACCGAGUCUCGGCGUGGCGAUGGGGGAGACCGGGCACGUUCUGGCCACAGUGGAGGGCUUCAGACGGCAGCCUCAGCAGUCACCGACGUGA